AAAAUGAAUGUAAUUAAAACUAAAAAACCCCUUAAACCCUAAACCCUCUCCUGUCAAAGCGUUCAGUGGAGUCACUUGCUCACUCCCCUUCCAACCUACAAACCCAGCAUUUCCAUGGCGACCAAAGUCUUCAACCCUCUGCUAACCUCUCUACCAUUGUUGUUGACUCGAAGAAGAUUUAGAUUACGCACAUUUUGCACCGGAAAUUCACCGUUGAGACUACAGUCGAAGUACCUUGAAACUUUCAGGGAGGAAUUCGAGGUUGGAAACCGUUUAACUUCCUUCGAAACUGGUAAAAUAGCUCGCUUCGCUAAUGGAGCUGUUGUCAUGGGAGUCAAUGAGACCAAAGUCCUCUCUACUGUUGCUUCCGCCAAAGCGGACGGUGUUCGUGAUUUUCUUCCUCUCACUGUUGAUUACCAGGAAAAGCAAUUUGCCCAAGGUGUGAUCCCGAGCACAUUCAUGCGGAGGGAGGGUGCUCCGAAAGAGCGUGAACUUUUGUGUGGUCGUUUGAUUGAUAGACCAAUUAGGCCAUUGUUUCCUUCUGGUUUCUAUCAUGAGGUUCAGGUAAUGGCAAGUGUACUUUCCUCUGAUGGAGAACAAGACCCUGAUGUGAUGGCCGCUAACGCAACAUCUGCUGCCCUAAUGUUAUCAGAUAUCCCUUGGUGUGGCCCUAUUGGAAUGAUACGUAUCGGGAGGAUUAACGGCCAAUUUAUAAUCAAUCCUAGCAUGGAUGAGCUGAGCUCGAGUGAUCUUAAUUUAGUGUAUGCCUGCACAAAGGAUAAAACCCUAAUGAUAGACGUGCAAGCGUGUGAGAUAUCUGAAAAAGAUUUGAAGUCUGGCUUGAGGCUUGCGCAUCCUGAGGCUGUUAAAUAUCUUGAGCCUCAAAUUCGCUUGGCUGCUCAAGCUGGCAAACGAAAGAAGGAAUACACAUUGUCUAUGAUGCCUGAAAGUACAAUGGAAAGGAUCAGGAACUUGUCCGAAUCUCGUAUUGAAGCUGUUUUUUCCGAUCCUACGUACGGCAAGUUUGAACGUGGAGAGGCGUUAGACAUGAUUGCCCAAGAUGUAAAGAGAUCCCUUGAAGAAGAGGGUAACGGAGAAAGUUUACACGGACUAUCCAAGGCAGUAGAUACCGUGAGGAAGCAGAUUGUUCGUAGAAGGAUUCUGAAAAAAGGCGCGAGAGUUGAUGGACGGUGUCUUGAUGAAGUGAGGCCCGUUUACUGUGAAGCUGGCAACUUACCUGCUUUGCAUGGAUCUUCUCUCUUCUCACGUGGAGAUACUCAGGUACUUUGUACUGUGACACUUGGAGCACCUGGAGACGCACAACGGUUGGCAUCUGUAGUGGGCCCUUCAAGUAAACGCUUCAUGCUUCAUUAUAGUUUCCCUCCAUUUUCAAUCAAUGAAGUGGGAAAACGAACUGGUCUCAAUAGGCGAGAAGUUGGGCACGGUACACUUGCGGAGAAAGCUCUUCUUGCUGUAUUGCCUCCAGAACAUGACUUUCCUUAUACAGUGCGUGUGAAUUCAGAAGUCAUGGCUUCUGAUGGCUCCACUUCAAUGGCUAGUGUCUGUGGAGGUAGUAUGGCACUAAUGGAUGCUGGAAUUCCUGUAAGAGAACAUGUAGCUGGUGUAUCUGUGGGCCUUGUUAGUGAGGUUGAUCCAACUACGGGCGAGAUAACAGACUAUCGCAUAGUGACUGAUAUAUUGGGACUGGAAGAUCACCUGGGAGAUAUGGACUUCAAAAUUGCUGGCACACGAAACGGAAUAACAGCGAUUCAGUUGGACAUAAAACCUGCGGGAAUUCCAUUGGAUAUAAUUUGUGAAAGCUUGGAACCUGCUUUUAGAGGCCGCCUUCAAAUUCUUGACCAUAUGGAACAGGCGAUAAAUGCACCUCGCACGAAUGAUGAUAGAAACUCCCCACGAUUAGCUACCUUGAAGUACGGCAAUGACUCUAUUCGCCGCUUGAUUGGGCCUUUAGGUGCUUUGAAACAAAGGAUUGAAGAAGAAACAGGCGCACGGAUUUCCGUUGGUGAUGGCACACUUACUAUACUUGCUAAAAAUCAGUCCAUUAUGGACAAAGUACAGGAGAAGAUUGAUUUUAUUAUAGGUCGUGAAAUUGAAGUCGGAAAGGUUUAUAAAGGUGUUGUGACUUCAAUUAAAGAAUACGGUGCUUUUGUGGAGUUCAAUGGAGGACAACAAGGUCUUCUACACAAAUCUGAGUUGUCUCAUGAACCUGUCUCUCGGAUUUCAGAUAUAGUGUCUAUUGGUCAGCAGAUUUCUUUGGUGUGUAUAGAACUGGAUGUUCAUGGUAAUAUUAAACUAUCCCUUAAAGCGAAGGCGAGCUGUUUUCCAGAUAAAGGAUCUGAUGCAUUAAAAAAAGGUGCACCCCAAGUAUGGGCAUCAGUUGGAGAUAAGUUUAAUCAUCAAAAAAAGCAGAGUGGUACAAAGAAUCCGGUUGUAACUAAAUAUGAAUCUCCUGAAGUCCCAACAUCGGCUGCUUCAGAGUCAUCCUUUUUUAUUCGUAGUGUGGCUGAGUGUGAUGAAGAAGAGAAACUAGCUGCUUUAAGUCAAGGAAGGACUAUCAGCACAUUUAUUGCUUCUCACCCACCAUCUCUAGAUCCAAGUGCUGCGAACUGCGGUGGAGAUAAGUCUGCUAGUCUGAAUCAAGGCUCUAAAGAUAAGAAGUCUCAAGCAGGGUCUAGUCUUCGUGCGAAAGACCUGAAACUUGGUACAGUUGUCACAGCUAGUGUCUAUCAAAUUCGUGCACGGGGGUUAGUCCUUGAUUUGGGAGGCGGACUUAAAGGAAUGUACCGUUUUGAGGCAAAUGACAAGCGGGAUUUUAAGGUAGGUGAUGAAUUGAGAGUCCAGUGCUGUAGUUUUUCUGGUAAAGGGGUUCCAGUUAUGUCACGGGCAAAAGAUGAGUAGUAAAACUUAUUACUUUCAUGGCAUGUUUCCCAAUGCAAUGUGCUCCUAGUAAAUUGAUGGCAGCUUGAGGGACAUUCGUAUAUACGCAUUUCACAUUUACUCAUUUAUUGUGAUGAAGAUGACGUCACGUCCUGUGCAACCAUUCUGAAGUUUUGAUGUGGACAAUCAUCUAUUUGCUGUCUCUGUAUAAUAAAUAUGUUUCUUUAUGUUGAUGUGGAGCGAGGCUCUUUCAUGCUGGCUGAAGAUGACUUUCUGCAGGACACACAUUAGGCUGUAGAAGAUUUAACUUCUUAAUUUAGAUCUUUUCCAUGUUACUAAACAAUAGAUUCAGGUUUACUAUAAGAAACUUUAAGCCAGAAAUUUUGGAAAGAUUAUUUGUUACAACUUUGCGUUCGAUUUCAAUGUUGAAAAUCCUCAGUGUUUCUGUUGUAAUUGUUGUAAAUGUUGUGCUCUUUGAAUCAACUUUGCGUCGGUUCCAAUAUUUUCACAAGUUUGACGAUGCAAUAACCAUGAGGUUGAUGUUUAUUACAACCAAUAGAUUAUGUAAAUAA